AUGGAGUUUCUGGCUGCUGAUUUCCUUUCUCCUCCACUCACAGACACUGACUCCACCGCCAAGACUCAGCAGAAAGGCUGGGGAUCACAGCAGGAAGAUGCCCUGCGGAAAAGAAACAAAACUGGAUGCAGAGCCCACCGCGUGGGGCGGAGUCGCAGAAGGGGCGGAGGCAGCGGCGGCCAUUGCAUUCUGGGCAUUGUAGUCUGGGCCCCGGCCGCCGAAGGUGCCGGUCCACGUGGUGCGUUUGGCGGCCGCUUUGGGCAGCGGCUCCCUCGCUCCCGGGACGCAGCCCCUGGGGUGCGGGUGCCAGCGGGGGUAGCCAGCCUCGGCGGGCACCGGCCGGAGGAAGGGCCGGAGGCAGCCGGAGGCUUCGCGACGUUUUUGCGACAGCCGCGGCCGUGUUCCGCGCGGGCCCUGCCUCCGCCUCUCUGCGCGGAGGUACCGGCUGUUGUGCGGCGCUGCCUUUCUGCCCGAGUGCAUGGGAGCGUGAGUGAGGGAGCGAGUGCGUGCGAGCGGGCGAGCGUGUGCGAGCGGGGCGGCGUGAGUGCGCGUGCGAGCGGGGGAGAGCCCGCCGUGGCCGCCUCGCCGCUCGCACUGCC